AUGGAAGGCCAUGCAUCGCGCAAGCGCCCGCUUCAGCCUCCCUCUUUCGACAAUAAUACCCCACCAGAUGGGGUUUCCAGUGAAGAGAAGCGGAAUAACAAUGCUGAGAUGGAGGCUGCACCACGUGAAAAGGCUGUUGUUGACAAGCCUGGGAAACAAAAUGGGUCUGGCCCGCGACGCAAGGCCGCACCCAAAGUGGCGCAGACACGAGUUACCGUAGGUAUGCGUUUGAAGCGGUGGAUCAUCACUGGUCGGAUUGGUGCCGGAUCCUUUGGUGAGACGUUCACGGCUGUUGAGGUGAAUAGGGAGAGGGAGGGCGGAGAGGAGGAGGACAUGCCGGACGACGCGGUGGCUAUGUCCCACAGCAAUAUUAUCCUCACUGAUAAAACAGAGGUUUGCAUCAAGGUGGAGCAAGAGAACAAGAAUGUUUUGCGUGUAGAAGCCGCCGCCCUCAAGAAGUUGCAGCCUUGUCAACAAGUGGCACGCUACUUGGGGAGUGGAAGCACAGGUGGCAUGAGCUUUUUAGUGAUGCAACGACUGGGACCCAAUCUAGCGGAGCUGCGCCGACGGACACCCCUUGGGACGUUCAGCGCAUACACGGUAUUGAAGAUUGGUUUAUCGUCUUUGCAGGCCAUUCGGGGUGUUCACGAAUUGGGACUGGUACACCGCGACAUUAAGCCAUCGAAUUUUGUGAUUGGUUUGGAGGAAACAUCGGAUCCACGAACAUGCUACCUCAUUGACUUUGGGUUGGCCCGUCGUUACCGUCGUCUUAACGGCGAAGUGCGCCCUCCGCGCGAGAACGCUGGCUUUCGUGGGACGAGCCGCUAUGCCUCUUUGUCCUCCCACUACCAGCAGGAGUUGGGUCGUGUAGAUGAUAUAUGGAGUCUUUUGUUCAUGCUGAUCGAGUUUGCCACGGGGACGUUACCCUGGCGUAAAUACAAGGAAAAGGAGGAUAUUGGUCGCUGCAAGGAGGAAGUAAUUGGCCCUGGGCUUGUUCAAAACUUGCCUCGAGAGUUCCGACCAUUUUUGGCGCACCUGCAGACCCUACGUUACGAGGACGAGCCAAGCUAUGACUUUCUGGCAUCCCUCAUGGAACGCGCCAUCGAGCGCCGCGGCUACCCACCGAAUAAGCGCCUGGAUUGGGAGCCGGAAGAAGGGACAAACUUUCGUGUGGAUCCUCAGAAUCAAUCUGGACAAGAUAUGGGCCCUAACAGGGACGCUUAUCGUCGCCGUUCGUUGGAGAGAAAACCACCAAAAAGAGUGAAUGGUGAAGACCCUCUUCCAUCGCCUCUUCCACUUCCAGUCGUUCCCGUGCCUGAGGCUGUGAACCUGAGUGUGAAUCGCCCCACUUUGGCAGCGCGCCUGAUGCCGCCCUCCCCACGAACGGAAGAGGAAACAGGGUAUGCUCGCAUUAGGGUAAGUGAAGUGAAUGUGGAGAGCGCACUUUCCAACCAAAAGGAUAUGACCGACGCUGCCCCAAGCGCGGCGGCGGUAGCGUCCCAGCCGCCUAGUGCCUUGGUGUGUCCCACCCCUAACAGCAAGGGUGGUCAGGUCUCCUCCGAAUGGAGGUGUGCGAGUGCUGUUAUUGGGGAAAAUCAACAGGCCUCUCUCAAAGAGAAGCACAGCUCCGAUAAUAUUACGGAGAUUAUAGACGUGGGUGUGGGAUUUUCGCCGCGCGAAGGGGGGGAAAGCAGUAUGGUAAAUGGGCGCCUGGGAAAUAGGGAGCUAUCACCACCAGCAGAGGUGCCCAAUAAAGCUCUGGCGGUGCAGCAUGCGCCAGAGUCGACCUACUUACAACAGAAGCAGCCGAAUGAACCCGGGAAGAAAAGAGUUUCGUUUGCUCUCAAUGAUGAGGUGAUGCAAGAUGAAUCACCAAGCCCACCGCGAGGUCGAGGGGAACUAAGAAAGACGAAAAAAAGGGUCAAAUGUGAAUGUGAUAUCAUGUGA